AUUAAGUAUCUUGUACUUGUAAUUACCCCACCCCUCCCUAGUAGAAUAGAAAUUGAGAGGAAAGUAGCUAAUACAAGAUUAAAUAUGGCAAACCAAGGGAAUUUUUUAUUAAAAAAGGCUAUUAGAAGUAAAGUUUUUUUUUUUUUUUUUUUAAUUUUUUAUGGGGGUAGGGAGUUAAAAUUUUUGUGAGAUUAACUUUUUUCUAAAUGAUGAAGUGGUGUGGUAGACUUGCUUCCUAAUGUUGUUUUGCAAGCAGGAAAGUGGUCUCCAGUAAAGUCUCUAGUUUUGAACUGCUUUAUAUGACUUCUUUUGCAGGAAUCUCCUUUUCUUGCUUUGUACUUUUCCUCUUCAUUUUCUUUGUAAUUAAGGUAUGCAGAAUAGUUUGAAUUGAUACCCUACUUCCUCUUCAGGUAUAUUUAAUGUGCACGGUUGUCGGAGACUCGAGCCCAUCACUCCAAAAGUAACCUGUGGAGCGUUGCUCUGGUCCAGUAAAUGUCGUUUCGCAGUAUAGCUCGUGAUAUUAGGGAUAGUAUUGGAAACUUAUCUAGGCGGCGGAGUUUCGAUAACAGAGGGAAGUCUCAGAGUGCUGUCCAUGAGUUGCAUGACCAGCCUACUAUAGUCAUUCAAAGUAGUUGUUGGGCAGGCCUCCCACCAGAGUUACUUCGUGAUGUAAUUAAAAGAUUGGAGGCAAGUGAGAGUACUUGGCCUACUCGUAAACAUGUUGUCGCAUGUGCAGCUGUUUGCCGCUCAUGGAGGGAGAUGUGCAGAGAAAUUGUUCAGUGUCCCGAGUUCUCCGGAAAGUUGACCUUUCCCAUCUCUCUUAAGCAGCCUGGGUUUCGGGAUGGAACCAUCCAAUGCUUCAUCCGGAGGGACAAAGCUAAUUUAACUUACCAACUUUUCCUUUGCCUUAGUCCUGCCUUGCUUGUAGAAAAUGGCAAGUUUCUUCUUUCUGCAAAGCGUAAUCGGAGAACCACUUGUACAGAGUACAUCAUCUCUAUGAAUGCAGAUAACACAUCAAGGUCCAGCAGCUCUUACAUUGGAAAACUUAGGUCAAAUUUUCUGGGCACGAAGUUCAUAAUGUAUGAUACCCAGCCACCAUACAACAGUUCUAGUAUUCCUCCACCUGGUGGAAGCCGGAGAUUCUACUCCAAGAAAGUUUCUCCCAAAGUCCCUACAGGAAGCUACAAAAUUGCACAGGUUAGCUACGAACUGAAUGUACUCGGGACCAGGGGGCCCCGCAGGAUGAAUUGUGUCAUGCACUCAAUCCCUGUCUCGGCCCUUGAACCGGGGGGCACUGUUCCAGGCCAACCUGAACUUCUCCCACCCAAUCUUGAAGACUCAUUUAGGAGCAUGUCCUUCUCAAAAUCAAUCGAUGCUUCAACGGAAUUCAACAGCGCCCGGUUUUCAGAUAUUGGGGGUCCAAGUGAAGUAGUAGAUGAAGAAGCGAAGAGUAGACUUUUGGUUCUUCGAAACAAGGCGCCUAGAUGGCAUGAACAGCUUCAGUGUUGGUGUCUGAAUUUCAGAGGGAGGGUAACUGUCGCUUCUGUCAAGAAUUUCCAGCUGAUUGCUGCUACACAGCGUGCAGCCGGUGCCCCAACACCAGCACAACCGGCUCCUCAGUCAUCAUCAUCAGAUCAUGACAAGAUCAUCUUGCAGUUUGGUAAGGUUGGCAAAGAUAUGUUUACAAUGGAUUAUCGGUAUCCUUUAUCUGCCUUUCAGGCUUUCGCCAUCUGUUUGAGCAGCUUUGACACAAAGUUGGCAUGUGAAUAGAAAGAACAAAUAGAAGAUUUAGUUCAUACUACUAGUUCUCUGUUCCCUAGAGUUGCCUAAAGAUUGUUGCACCAUCUUUGUGUGACUCUUCAUCAGAAUCAAGGAGAUGCAGGAAGCUCUUGCACAUUGGACUAUUAUUAUCUUCUUCUUGCCUCACCAUCAUCAUUCGCCGCUUUAUCCUUCAUUAAUAGAGUUUAGAUGCUUCUGUUGUAAUAUUCGCUAGUGUUAAAUGUAGUUAGUGAAAGGAACAAUAUAAAAUUUGUACCAUGUGUGAUUUCCAGUUGUAACAUCCAUUUGUACAAUCAGCCCACUUUGUAGUGUUCUUUGUUAAGUUUGGAUUAUGCUGGCUGGUGAUGUCCAAAGUUGUAAACCACAUCUUUAUGUUGGUGUGGAGGGCUGGAGGCCAUGGUGGAUAUUCUGAUUGAGAUUUAGAGGGUACCCCUUAUCUGCCUUUUCUGAAGGGGACUCUGGUCGAUCAUCAAUAUGCCUAUUUCUGUCAAA